UUAAUUGUUUAAACUUAUGUUUUUUCAUUUAUUAUAAAUAUUAUUUAUAAAUUUGAAUAAUAAGUUCAGUUAUGAAGACAUGCAUUGUGUGCGAAUGUAAUGAUCAAAAGGCAACAUUUCAUAAAUUCCCUAGUAAUCCAUAUAUGAGGCAAAAAUGGUUAAAUCAAUGCAACAUUAAAGGAACACUACCUAAUUAUUCAUACAUAUGUUCAUCACAUUUUAAAAAAGAGGAUUAUGUUAGUACUAGACUUAAGAAGGAUGCACUCCCAAAACUUGUCGAAGACCAAAUUGAAAUACAAUAUGUUCCCUCACAUAGCAAAAAUAAAAUAUUAAGUUGUUCAGAAUCAAGUACACCACAAUAUGUUGAAAAUAGUCCAAAAAUAUCUACUAGUACUUCUUUAAGUUCUUUAUCCAGUGUGAAUGACCACGGUGAAAAGUAAGUUUAAAAAAAUGUGUUUAAUGUAUUUUACGUAAAUGUAAUAUGAUUAUUAUACCUUUUGGGAAUGUAGAGAGUAUUCAAUAAUCAUAGAGAGCAAUUAAUUAAUCU